CCAGCAGCACAUUUCUUUUUGUUCAUCUCGACUGAAGACUUGAAAACAUGUCUGGACGCGGCAAGGGAGGCAAAGGACUCGGUAAAGGAGGCGCCAAGCGGCACCGUAAAGUGCUCCGUGAUAACAUCCAGGGCAUCACCAAACCCGCCAUCCGCCGUCUGGCUCGCCGCGGCGGAGUCAAGCGUAUCUCCGGUCUGAUCUACGAGGAGACCCGCGGUGUGCUCAAGGUCUUCCUGGAGAACGUCAUCCGUGAUGCCGUCACCUACACCGAGCACGCCAAGAGGAAGACUGUGACCGCCAUGGAUGUGGUGUACGCUCUCAAGAGGCAGGGCCGCACCCUGUACGGCUUCGGAGGCUAAACACCACGAGGCUGCUCCAACAACACAACGGCUCUUUUAAGAGCCACCCACACACCACAAAGAGACGGUUCCUUAUUUUGAAUUUUAAUUAUAUUACUUUUUCCUCAAAAGCCAUGAGUGUUUCCAAGCAUAUUAACUCAAGGUGUGCGUUAUUCAGUAUGUAAUGUGAAUAUAACAUUAAGAUACAAGCUGCCUACAUCUUCACUCACUUUAUAGACAAUUAUCUUGUAGCAUCACUCCGAAGUUUUUACCUAAAUUUGCAGCUUCAGUUAAUUCAGUAUGCCCAAACAUGGCUACCACGAUGGUCAAUUUAAUAAGUACUCUUUAACCAUGUGUUGUAAUUUUCCCAAUGGAGUGUCGUUAAAGCACCAACAUUUUAUCUGAUGUUAUGUAGCAGUAAAUAAAUUAGCCUGCACAGUUAUGGUGUUAGUUAUAU